AUGAAACAACCUUUAGGACAAGUCCAUUACUAUGAUCAAGUUAUUGUUGAACCUUUAAAUCCAGCAGGAUCUAUGGCGCAGCAGCAGCAACAACAGCAAAGUAUGGGAGGAAUAAGAGCAGUGGCGGCAGUAACAAACCAACAGCCAGCCCCUGUUGCACCCUGCCUGUCAGCGAAUCAACGUAUCUCUUCGUCGACAUUGCGAAGCAGCAACAAUGGCCCUGUUUUUGUGGUCAGUAAAUAUGGCACAAAACAAUUGCUGCUCAAACAGCACACCUUCAAUCGUCAUGUCAUUCGAGAGGAUGUUACGUAUUGGCGAUGUAGCCAAUUUGCUGUACUGCGUUGUAAGGCACGCAUUAAGACCAAGGGUCAAACACUGACGGUACUCAACAGUGAUCAUAACCAUGAAGUCAUAACACAGGCCCGCAAAUAUGGUUCCUUGAAAAAUCUCAAAGCCGAACGUGUGGCCAAGGUGAAACAGGAUGAAUGUUUUGAAAAGCAAGAAUUCAAGUCGGAAAUUAAUUGA